CACCGGAGCCCAGGUCUUGGUCCCACGCUGAUCAGCAGAGAGGAGAAGGCGCAUGUGCUCACUUGUGGGUCACCUUUUUUCUCCUCCUGGGACUCCUGCGGGUCAGCCAGGUAGGGGUGGUGAAAGACGCACAGCUUCCCAGCUGCAUGUUUCUCGGGGUACAUCAAGAGCUGGGAGAACAGGAGAGGACUCUCUGCCCUGUGGCCACUUUGACAGGAAGAUGACAGACCCCCAGGUGUGUGCGGGCCAGGGGAAGCCUAGCCUGUCCUUUUCCAUUGAGGAAAUCUUAAAGAAACCUUCUGCCAUCACCGCCCAAAGCAGUGAAACCAGGAACAGAAGUAACUAUGCUGAGAGACCUACAGCUCUAAAAGCAGGGUCACUACUGGCCUUUGAUUCCAGCAGGAGUCAGUUAGACUGUGACUUGCAUUCAAGCAAAAUGUUUCCUCCUUCCACAUGUGCUACACCCAUAGUCAGAGCAAAGAAUGUGCAAGCAGCAAACUGCAGGAGACCUACCGAAAGCCCAGCUUCUUUCCUUGGCGAGGACACAGGACGUGAACACCUGGAACGCAAAAGAAAACAUGAGAAAGAGGAAGAUCAGCUGUGUGAUUUUCCAGUGGACCAUACACUUCAUGUUGAGAGAAAAGGGAAACGAAGAAUCCGGACAACAUUCACAGCUGAGCAGCUGCAGGAACUGGAGAAGAUUUUCCAAGUGACUCACUACCCGGAUGUCCAUAUUCGCAAUCAACUGGCAGCAAAGAUAAACCUCCCAGAAGCCAGGGUUCAGAUCUGGUUCCAGAACCAGCGAGCAAAGUGGAGGAAACAUGAAAAAUUUGGCAACUUUGGUGGCCUUCAUCUGACAGAAUUUGACUUCAUACCUGCUUCCAAGUCAGAUAUCACAGCUCCUAGCUUGAUGCCAAGAGAGCUCACUGCUACCAUCCCUGCUGUGGGAUACUACACACCGCUGCAAGGGCAGCUGACAACUACCUGGCUGCCCAGCACGCUCUCCUUCGUUCCCCACCACUUGGAGCUGCUGCCUUUCCCAAAACCAUUCUUAUUCUUCAAUGUCCUUCCUACUUAUGGCACGUCGCUAUCCCACAAAUUGGAAAGGAGCAGUAUCUGCGCCAGCUCCACAUAA